AUGGUUCAAGGUGUGGAGAGCUGUCCAGAUGUCUGUAAAUGCUCCAGGAAAUCAGGCCCAGAAAAGUCAGAGGUCAACUGUCAUAAGAGGGGACUUCAUGCCUUUCCCUCAAACCUGCCCCCUGAUGCUUGGAUCCUCAAACUAGGUGAGAAUGGCAUUACAGACCUGAAGGCCAAUUCUCUGAGAUCGCUUCCAAAGAUUGAGAGCAUCAACCUGGAGCGCAAUGCCAUCAAAUCUAUCCACCCCAAGGCCUUCUCCGGUGCAAAGCAGCUGAUGCUUCUCAAUCUUUAUGGCAACCACAUCUCCAGCCUUCCGCCGAGGGGGUUUCAGGAUCUCCUGAAUCUUCGCUUUCUCAUGCUGGGGCAGAACCAGCUUGGUAUCCUCAAACCUGAGAUGUUUGCCGGCAUGAGGAACCUGUCAGAUCUGGACCUUCCACUCAAUGCUCUGACAAUGCUUCCAUCUAACGCCUUCAAACCUCUGAUCGCCCUCAAAGUGUUGGACCUUUCCCUGAAUCGCAUCCAGAGAAUUUCGCCUAAAGCAUUCACUGGACUCAGACAGCUCUUGUUCCUCAACUUAGACAACAACAGUCUGAAGACCAUUCCCGCUGGAGCGUUCAAGCCUCUGCGAUCUCUGGAGAUGUUGGUUCUAGACAACAACCUGGUGUCUUCGCUAACCCUGUCAGCUUUGGAUGGUCUGGGCAAUUUGCAGGAACUCUACCUGAGGAACAAUGAGCUGCUGCACCUGCCAUCUGAUGUGUUCAGCCACAUGCCAAAGCUUUCUCAGCUGGCACUCAGUGGGAACCGCCUGAAGACAAUGGAUGGAAACAUGUUCGCCCAUAUGCCCGAAUUGAGGAAACUGUACCUCCAUGACAAUCCUUGGCAGUGUGACUGUAACAUUAUCCCCUUGGUGCGUUGGAUGGGACAGACAAAGGCCACUUUGUCGCCUCGGGAUGCCCUGAAGUGCGUGAGUCCUCCAGAGCUCCGAAACAAGAGCCUGGGCAACCUCGAAGCUGGAAAGCUGCCCUGUCGCGCCUAGCAUCAGGUAAACUGGAUGAAGGAUACAGCGUGGACUCGGACCCGUGGAGAUUCAGAUGAUGGACUUUUCGUCACAGCAGUUUUUAUUCUAUAGAUUGGGCUAAUGUUUGUACAAAGCCCAUGUGUCUUGUGUGAUUUCUCCAAACUGCAACAUGACCAAUAUAUUGCACAACAGUGUGUUUUCAAGAGCAGCAUAAUUAUGUUUUCAGCUAUAAGUCUUACAUAAAAAAUAUUACCUUUGAAAAA